AUGUUUAUCAAUAGAAGAGCCAAUCUAGUUUGCAACAAGUUGAAGGCGUAGAAUUUAAGUUCUCUAACAUUUGUUCUGAAAGAACUACAAAAAUCAAAGAAAACUCCAAGUACAUCUUUACAUACUACAGCGAGUAAAAGAAAUUAACAAUCAAAAUAGAAAGAUAAUGUUUAGGUCUAAACUCCUUAAACUAGUUAUCGUUCUAGGUUAUAAUUAACCCAAAGAAAUGAAUGGAUUGAUUUAAUUAAUCAAAAAUCAUAAUAAAAUCUUCAGUCUGAUCAAAUUGCAAUCACCGAAUAUCGAACGAAAGUUUAAAUGGAUUCUUUCUUCUAAAAUGACUGGAAAUAGCCAUAUUAUAAACAAGAAAAAAUAAAAUAAAUAAUCUAAAAAGUAAAUUAAUAUUAGUCUAUCGAUGAUAUUGAUUCAUGGAAACAAGUAGUGUAUUAGAGACUGUAUCAGAGGAUAUCAUGA